AUGGCGUCCGACGGACCACCGGGCACCGAAUCUCUCCCGUCCGAUUUAGGCAGUGCGAUUGCGGCAUUGAACACAUGGAGCCAUCCGGAGCUUCAGUCCAAGCUGGCGGAGCUGGGAGCGCCCACGAUGGGUCCCAGAGAGGAGCUAAUGGACCGACUGAAGGGCUACAUGAUUCAGACUGGGAUACUCCUCAGCAAACCUAAUGAUGACAAACCAAUGGGCUCCCAGAUGCCAGGCAUCCCCCCCAUGCCCCCAAUGCCCAUGCCACCCAUGCCUCCUGGUAUAGGCAUGCUCCAGGCUAUGAGCAUGAUGCCCGGAGGGCCCCCUCCACCCGGCAUCCACAUGGGCAUGGAGCCCCCAGGUUUGCCUCCUCCCGGCCUAUCGCAGGAGGAUCAGCUGAAGAUGGCCCAGCACAGAGCAGCCAUAGUGUUACAGCAGGAGGAGAGAGCCAAGCAGCAGGGUGAUUCCCGUGUCAUGGAUGAACAGGAUCUCCUGGAGCAGCAGAAAAGGGCUGCAGUGCUGCUGGAACAGGAGCGUCAUCAAGAGAUGGUUAAGAUGCAGCAGGGUCCAGGGCCCAGAGGCAUGCCUCCUGUCAACGCAGUGAGAGGUAUGGAUCCUCGUGGGCCGCUGCCUCCUGGUGUCAGUAUGAUGCCGACUCAGAAACAGAGAGUGCCACCUCCACCAGGAGAAGAUAAUAGAGAGAUGUGGCAGGGCGAGGAGGUAAGCGUCAGUGGGCCCAAGAUCCCUCAAGCUCUGGAGAAGAUCCUCCAGCUGAAGGAGAUCAGACAGGAGCAGCUCACCGACCCCGCAGAAGAAGAAGAUGACGAGGGAGCAGAGAUGGACCUGAACAGCUCCUCUGCACCAGUCAUGUCUGAGACCGAAGACGACGACAGUCAGAUAUCUAAAAAAGAUAAAAACCGCAGACGCAGAAACCGCAAGAAGAAGAGCAAGAAGAAGCGCGCACUGGAGAAGAAGGAGCAGGCGGAGGAGCAGCAGAAGAAGGAGAGCAGAGACAAGGACAAGGACAAAGAGAAAGAGAAAGACAAGGACAAAGAGAAGGACAAAGAAAAAGAGAAGGACAAGGAGCCUGAGGUGGAGAUCGAGUAUAUCACAGAGGAGCCGGAGAUCUACGACCCCAACUACAUCUUCUUCAAGAGGAUCUUUGAGGCGUUUAAGCUGACUGAUGAUGUGAAGAAAGAGAAGGAGAAGGAGCCCGAGAAGGCAGAGAAGCAGGAGGCGGCCGUGCUGCGGAAAAAGGGCUUUGAGGAUGAGAAGAAAGACAGCGAUGACAGCGAUGAGGACAUGAGACCAGAUGUCCCCAAACUCUCAAAGAAGAAGCUGAGGAGGAUGAACAGGCUCACUGUGGCCGAACUUAAACAGCUGGUUGCUCGUCCAGAUGUAGUGGAGAUGCAUGAUGUGACGGCCCAGGAGCCCAAGCUGCUGGUCCACCUAAAGGCCACCAGGAACACGGUGCCGGUGCCCCGCCACUGGUGCUUCAAACGAAAGUAUCUGCAGGGCAAGAGAGGUAUAGAGAAGCCUCCGUUUGAGCUGCCGGAGUUCAUCAAGAAGACGGGUAUCCAGGAGAUGAGGGAGGCCCUGCAGGAGAAGGAGGACGCCAAAACCAUGAAAACCAAAAUGAGGGAGAAGGUUCGUCCCAAGAUGGGGAAGAUCGACAUUGACUACCAGAAGCUCCACGACGCCUUCUUCAAAUGGCAGAUCAAACCCAAACUCACUAUCCACGGAGACCUUUACUACGAGGGAAAAGAGUUUGAAACUCGUCUGAAAGAGAAGAAGCCGGGGGACCUGUCUGACGAGCUGCGUAUCGCUCUGGGCAUGCCUGUCGGACCUAACGCCCACAAGGUGCCCCCUCCCUGGUUGAUAGCCAUGCAGAGGUACGGCCCCCCUCCCUCCUACCCCAAUCUCAAGAUCCCCGGACUCAACUCCCCGAUCCCAGAGAACUGUACGUUUGGUUAUCACGCCGGAGGCUGGGGGAAGCCGCCAGUAGACGAAAUGGGCAAACCGCUUUACGGUGAUGUGUUUGGAACAAAUGCUGCAGACUUCCAGGCCAAAGCGGAGGAGGAAGAGGUGGAUCACGCACCGUGGGGAGAACUGGAGCCUUCAGAUGAGGAGUCGUCAGAGGAAGAGGAGGAGGAGGAGAGCGACGAGGAGAAACCAGACGAAACUGGAUUCUUCACACCAGCAGACAGUGGGCUGAUCACCCCUGGAGGCUUCUCAUCGGUACCCGCCGGCAUGGAGACCCCCGAGCUGAUUGAGCUGAGGAAGAAGAAAAUCGAGGAGGCCAUGGAUGGAAACGAGACGCCACAGCUAUUCACAGUGCUCCCAGAGAGACGAACUGGCCCCAUAGGAGCAGCCAUGAUGGCCUCGACACACAUCUACGACGUGUCAGGGGCUAUGGCAGGCCGUAAGGCAGGCGGAGGGCAGGAGUCCCAGGGCGUAGAGGUGGCCCUGGCUCCAGAGGAGCUGGAGCUGGACCCCAUGGCCAUGACGCAGAAGUACGAGGAGCACGUCAGAGAACAGCAGGCCCAGGUGGAGAAAGAGGACUUCAGCGACAUGGUGGCUGAGCAUGCUGCCAAACAGAAGCAAAAAAAGAGGAAGGCCCAGCCGCAGGACACACGAGGCGGUGCCAAGAAAUACAAAGAGUUCAAGUUCUAGAGCACAAACCCCACGACGGAGCGCUGCGAGAGAACGAGCUGCCACAACAGGAAAUAAAAGAGGAAGAGCUGUACUCAGAUUUUAACUUUGGAGGAUACAGACUGCAACAUCAAUCAUCUGUUACACCAGUAACCGUAAACACAGUUUUGUUCCUUUUUUUUUUUUAAACUAUAAAUAGAUGAUCGUUUCGUGACAUAAUCCCAUGUCACAUGAAAAUGGUGACCUGUUUUCUCCAUUUGACCCUACGUUUUACGUCUUGGUUAUUUUGUCUUUGUAACCAUGGUUUUUUCUGUUUUUUGUAAAUAAAUGAAUGAUGACAAGAGUUCACAACUGCA